UUCUUCUUUUUGUCACAAAAUGAGAAGAACAUGUCCCCUCUCUGUUGUGAGAUCAUUUAUAAACCUCGUGCUUCAUUCUCAACCUCAUGUCCGUGUGUGCUGUUGCAGUCGAAGGGCCUGAGGGAGCGCUGGUUGUUGGACGGAGCUCCGGCGGAGGAGGAGACGCAGCAGCGUCUGCAUGAGGACGAGGUGAAGACCAAGCUCCUGGAGCAGGUCAUCCUCAGACUGGAGCGAGAGAUCGAAGAACUGGAGACAGGCCCUCUAGCCAAUAAGGGCGUGGCCAAAGAAAAUGGAGGUGAGAACGGAGUAGCGCAGGGCUUGGGUCAAACCCCGAAGAGAGAGGUGGCGGGCAUCGAGGCCACGCUGCUGGGUCCUAGCCCCGACCAGGCCAGCGAGGACAACCCCGUCACCCUGGUGUUCAUGGGCUACAAGACCGUGGAGGAGGAGCAGGAGACGCGCGCGGCGACGGAGGGCGUCGACGGCAACGUCAAGGCCGAGUUCGUCAUGAUCGAGGACGGCGAAGGGAAGGCGGUAGCCGGGGGAGGAGAGGCGGCCGCGGAGGAGCAGGCCCCGCCCAACGGGAGCAUGGCGGAUAAAGAGAAGGCCAACGGAGGCGGGGAGGACGGGGAGAAGGAGAAGAAACAGAGCUGCAAGUGCUGCACGGUCAUGUGAGCUAUGUGUGUGUGUGUGUGUGUGUGUGUGUGUGUGUGUGUGUGUGUGUGUGUGUGUGUGUGUGUGUGUGUGUGUGUGUGUGUGUGUGUGUGUGUGUGUGUGUGUGUGUGUGUGUGUGUGUGUGUGUGUGUGUGUGUGUGUGUGUGCGUGUGUGAGAGUAGUACACGCCUGCACUUGUGCAUGCCUGUGUGCUAUGGCAUGUGUCUGUUGCAGAUGUGUGUCCACGUGUUUGUGUGUGUGUGUGUGUGUGUGUGUUAAAAAAUAACAAACAUCUGAAGUACAGUUCCACAGCCAAUAAUAAUCAAACAAUGAGAGCCGAUGCUCCAGCUCCAACGACCAGAACCACAAAGACUCAUAAGUACAUACGUCGCUCUGUAUACUUUCUCUCUGAUAUGUAUUU